UUAUUUCUUGAUGAGGUCGAGGAAGGGGUGGUCGUGCGAGGUGAUGAGGGCCCCCUUGCGACCCCCGCCUGGUGUACCUGCUGGUGUGUGUGGUCCGAAGGUCAUGGGCGGCGCCACGGACGACGCUGGCGCCUGCAGAGACGGGCUCGUGAGUAGUGAUGACGUCCGCGGCCCCACUGCACCGGUCGAUGCCCACGCACCGCCGCGGCUGGACGGGUACACAACGAGCGACUGGUCGGGCCGCCACGCCUCCACCAUCGGCCGAAACACAACACUGACAGUACACACAGCAGAGGCACAACCAUGGGAUGGGUGUUGCAAAUCGCAUUAUCCAUCGAUCCAGCUGGCUGUCUGUCUCUUGACGUACUUGAAUCCAUCUGCGGCUUUCCAUCGUCUAUGGCAUCAGCUCACCUUUUCAU